AUGCUGAAGAAAUUCGACAACGCUACUUCAUGCCGGCAUAUAUCCAAAUCGUGCGUGUUUGUGGAUGAUCUCAUCAGCUUAGAUUUCUAUAACAACAAUCUUACAGGAAAGAUUCCUACUUCUUUGGGGAAACUGAAGUCUCUGGUCUUUCUACGGCUCAAUGACAACCAAUUGACUGGUCCAAUCCCUAGAGAACUCACGAAAAUCCCAAGCCUCAAAGUUGUUGAUGUGUCAAGCAAUGAUUUGUGUGGAACCAUCCCAACAGGAGGACCUUUUGAACAUUUGCAAGCUACGACACCAACUGCAACUAAAGCAACUGACAACAUCUGA